CUCAUCCAGUCUCUCUUCACCUGCACCAGGUUGAUUGUGUCGCUAAAUAUCUCUUUUCUUCUCUUUUUCUCUCUCUCGUCUCUAUCAUUUCCCCUCUCUGACGGACUUGUCUAUCAUAUUGUGCCUGUUUUUUCAGUCUUUCGUGCGCAUCAUUGUAAUUUUCUCAAUACCCCUGGCUGAACCAACUUCAGAUCUCAUUUCUUUUCAGUACUCU